AAAAGUUAACAUGCCGGUUGCAUUUUAUUAUUAAAAUUAAAAAUUAGUUUUUACAUUUCUAAGCAGCUUUAAUAGAAACGAGUUUGCAAAUUUUCUAAAAUGAAUUAUAUUUAUUCCUUGAUUUUAACUAUUAUUUUCUUGAGUUCCUUAAAAUUAGGGAUGACAUUUAUUUUAGAGAGUAUUGCUGCUGGUACAGCAUCUGUUGUAGGUUACGCUUUACGUUGUAAUUUCUACGAAUGCUGUACUGAUGAGUACAUACCAAGAAAUACCGAGGCCUUGAAAAAUAAUUUACAGAAUAAAUUGUAUGGGCAACAGAUUGCUGCUAACAUGGUUUAUAGUGCUGUACAUAGUCAUGUUUUCCAUUUAAAUCCAAAGAAGCCUUUAGUUUUAAGUCUACACGGCCUACCUGGUAGUGGAAAAAAUUAUAUUGUCACCAUGAUAGCUAAUGCUUUAUAUAAAAAUGGUGAAAAAAGUAAAUAUUAUCAUUUUUUUAAUGGGCGAGUUGAUUUUCCCGAUGACAAAGAUAAUAUUUAUAAGGUUUCGUUGUCAAAUAAAAUAAAAACAGAAAUAAAUAAUUGUGCAAGAUCUAUGUUUGUUUUUGAUGAAGUGGAUAAGAUGCCAGUAGGAGUUUUAGAUAUAUUAGUUCCUUUCUUGGAUUAUACAAGUUGGAACCAAAGGGACAAAAGUAAAGCUAUUUUUAUAUUUCUAUCUAAUACAGGAAGUAAUUAUAUUGUUAAGCGUAUGAUACAAUUGUGGGAGAAAGGUAUGAAUCGUGAAAAUGCAACUCUUCAAGAUUUUGAGUCACUGAUCUCAGUAGGUGCCUUCAAUGAAGAGGGAGGCUUAUUCAAAAGUGGUACUAUAGAAUCAAAAUUGAUAGAUCAUCAUAUUCCUUUACUUCCUUUAGAAGAAAAACAAGUUAUUCAAUGUCUUCACGAUGUGUUUGAACAUUGGGGAAUUAAUAAUCCUACAAAUGCAAUGAUUCAAGAAGCUUUAUCGCACGUUACUUAUGGACCUCCGCCUCAUAAUAUAUACUCUACGUCUGGCUGCAAACGAUUAGACCACAAAGUUUCAUCCAUUAUAUAUAAAAAUGAUUUUAAAUAAUAGUUUGUUAAAAUAUGAAUUAAUAUUUUUUAUAACUAUAGAUUAAAGCGCAUAAAUCAUAAUUACAGAUUAAACUAACAAUUCGUAAAAGUGUAAAUGAAUGCUUUUCGUUUUGAAUAAAAUUAUGUAUAAAAUA